AGCUGAUGGCGGAGCUUUGCAACCAUUUGAAAAACGGAAGACACGCGUACGGUUUAGCGUUUUUGAAUGAAAAACAAGAAAGUGCAUUUUUGAAUGCAUUGAAAUUGAAAGUGUUAGAAGGAAAAAUAAUUAAGAAAAAAAUUUUGCGGUAGAAAAUUAUUUAUUGAAAGCGUUUGGCAAAUUUGAAGCUAGAUUUGUACAAGCUGUGAUAGAGACAAAAGAACUAUGAAAAUAAAAUAAAUAGCGCAAAGUGUGAUUUAAAGUUCUGAUCAAAGCAAAAGCAGCAGAGUUCGAGUGCGCAGUCAAAAGAGUUAGAGUUACAGCGAGUUCUUGAAGUGCUUUCCUAAGUACGCACCACCAGAGUGCUGAUAGCUUUUUUUGCAACAUAAAAUACGCAACCAUUCAUAUUUUUUAUACAACGCAAUUAUUAACGGAUACCACCGAUAACAAAAAAAAAACCACGAAAACAAAAAUUAAAAAAUAAUAAAAAUGCGUCCAUUCGGCAACGAUAUCACCAAUAUUGCCAACAACAACGGCAAUGGUAAUGGUGGUGCAAAUAAUAAUAACAACAGCAACAACAAUAACAACAACAACAACAACAAUAAUAACAAUAGCAAUUUGAAUGGAAUUGGCACUGGCAAUGAACACAAUGGCGGCGUUCACAUAACCGACGAUCCACGCGUGCCACCCCACAUUGCGCGCAUGGGCGGCAUAGUGACUUGCUCGCCGAUAGCCGGACGCGGUGUGAUACGCGUGGUGGGCCGCUGCGAAGAUGCCAAAGAGAACAAUAUGUUGGAUUUAUCAGAGUGCGAACUGGUACAGAUUCCUGAUGCUGUUUAUCAUUUGAUGCGCAACACUCAGCUGAAAACUUGCGAUCUCAGCAGCAAUGUCAUCAAAAAGAUACCCGCCAAAUUCGCUUUGAAAUUCAGUUUGAUUACAGAUCUUAACCUUUCACACAAUCAAAUGGCCAAAUUACCCGAUGAGCUGGCCGACCUCAAUGCCUUGGCGCGCUUAAAUAUAUCCCACAAUUCGUUUAUAGUGCUGCCACCAGUUGUGUUUAAAAUGCCUAAACUGCGUGAAUUGGAUGCCAGUCACAAUGCCAUUAUAGAAAUCGACACUGAUGAGAUGAUCACAAGCGAUAACUUGGAGUUGGUUGAUUUGAAACACAAUCCCUUGGGUCGCACCUGCCACCGUAAAUUGAAGAAUGCCAGCGCACCAUUCCGCAUUGAAAUCUCCGAAUAUAAUGAGGACGAUGACUGGUAGACUAGCGCAUGCGCAAUUUUUUACACAAACAAAACAAAAAAACGAUAGUUGUGAAUGCAGUCCAAAGAGAGUGAUUCUCAAUACUUAGCUCAAAUUAAAAUGAGGCAUACAUACAUUUAGCUUAGUUAUAUGUAACUAAGAGUAUGUUACCAACUAUUUUUGUACACAAACAUACAGCAUAAUCAUGACUAACACGAAUGCAUCAGGUCCGAAGCUUAGAAGUGCAUUGAAACGUUUGUCACUCACAUAAAAUACUAAUCGGGAAUGGAUGUUGAUUUGAAAUUUUAAGCGCCAAAGGGUAAUUUGUUUGAUAGUCAACAUUGCCAACUUUGACAAGGAAAAUGUAUCAAACAGCUGGUGCCAAUUUUUGUAAACCACUUUUUUUCAACAAAGAAAUGAAGCUGGUAUAAUUAGAGAAAAGGACAUCAAAAGGCAGCACUUGAGGGAAAGAAAACAUGCUCUGAAAUAGUUAUAAGGUACUAGAUAUUCGAGCUUGAGUGAGCGCGCAAAUGGACUCAAAUUUUCACAUAGCAUAUUCUAAAUAGUUUCUAUUCUCAAAUAAAAACUCUUUCUUGCAUUUGGAAGCGGAAGAGUUUUUUGAAGCAUAAUACCAAAGAUACUUAAAUACUUACCUACUGACCACUUAGAAUAAGUCACGAUUUUUGUAGCCAUUAAGAUAAGUCAAAUCGCAAAAAAAAAUUGUAGUGUUAAGCUUCCUGAAUGUGAUUUCUAUGCUAAAAUAUGUUAGUUUUAAUCAAUUAAUUUUAGUUUAGUAUGGAGUAAUAUAAAGCGAAAAGUGUUAAAAAAAUAACAAAUUUAGAUGUUAAGCUGUUUGUCUGUGAAUAUUGUAAAUAUUUUUUAAGUUUCUCAGCCAAGAGAGAAAACUAGUCAAAAACUUAAUUUAUCAAAUGACUGCCUUAAAAAAUAUACAUAUAUUUUACUUGCAGUUAAUGUUUUAGCGACAAAAUAUCUCAGUUCAUUAUAAAAUCAGUUUUGUCUGACUGCGAGUGUCUUGUUUUCAGUUAUUAUUUUUUGAGAUUUUUUUUUUGUAGAGAAGCCUUCAUUAUUUCUAUCUUUUUUUUAUUAAACUAUAGAAUUUAUUUUAAGAAACGUAUUAAAUCAUUUGUUCAAGCAUUAUAUUUGAAUAAAAUAAAAUUUUAUUUUUUCAUUCACAGUCAAAAAAAAAA